UCAAUGAGACGGCGCGCCGCAAAGGAGGCCAAAGCGGGACGUGCGUGCGCAGAGGAGAGGUGCCCUAGAUCUGCACGUCUAAGUUAUUCUGUCAUCCAGGCUCCUUUUCGUGUUGUUUUGGGCAGCGGUUCAUCACCCCGCACCUGGUAAAACAAAGAGAAAUGCAUGUGCUGGCAGCGCAUCUCCGUGCGUAAAUGGAGAGGCAUGUGUGCGUUUUCGCUGCUACUUUUUCAUUAUGCGCACAAUAAACGGUGUUUGUUUUGUCACUAACUCGUGUCCUGUCCCAUCACCGGACCGGUGUAGAUGCUUUAUAGACUUCCUCAUACUUCAUAUCUGCCAUGAGUGAUGGCGAUGCCCGCAGAAGCCUCCGGUACCGGUGCGCAGAGUAGCACUCAGGAAAGGAGCGUCAGCGCGCCGGAUCGCAAUGGUUAUGUGAAAACAUGUGUCAUCCCACUGUGCCGUGACCGGGACUAUGAGUCGUGGGUGAGGCUAAUGUUCACCAAAAUAUGGAGUUCCCGGAGACUUCGGAGUGCGGUGUGCGUGGGGUCGCUCUCGGUUUUUCUCGCUCUGCUGGUCAAAUGUGCAGAGAGGAGAGCUGAAGGCGGCAGCGGCGCUGACAGCAGACUCUGGCAUUCAUCGUCCCCUCUCCACUUCGUCCUGGGCUGCGCGGCGGAGCUGUUGCAAACUUGCUGGAGCGCGGUCUCGCCAUUGUUCACCCUCGUAUGUGCCUUCUUCUGGGUCGGCGUGUACUUGCUCCGCCGCGGGGUGCCGGUCCGGACCGCGCUCUCCCUCCUCACCCUGUGCCACCUGGGCGAAGUGGCGGCGCGGUCUCUCCUGGACGGGACCGAUGAGCGGCUGCUCCCUUUCCCCACCGCGGCCGUGGUUGUGCUCGUCUGCGUGGCCGCCGGCGCACUCAUGGUAGCGCGGCUGAACCGGGGCGUACCGGUGAUCGUUUUCAUCAGCGUGGUCAGGACUAUCUCCCUCUUCUCGCUGCACAAAGUGCGGGCCACUUGGAGACCGUACGUCGCGUACCUGGUUGGAGUGCUGGGCAUCCUGCUGGCGAGGUAUGCUGACAGGCUUCUUCCCAACCAAGGGAGACACAAGGAGGGCUGCAACCCCGUGACUGGAGCCAGGGAAGAGAUCCCGGUAUUUAAAAGGCGCAGGAGGUCCAGUUCGGUGAUUGCCUCAGACAUGGCACACAGUCAGUCCAACAGUAAGUCCCAUCGCCGGACCUCGCUGCCAUGCAUCCAGAGGGACCAGAUGCUUUCUCGCCCAGACUGGGACCACAAGAGGGGCUCCCGAGGAUCACAGUCAUCGGGCACCACCGUCAUGGUGGACAUCGCCGUGAUGGGGGAAGCGCACGGGCUGAUCACAGACCUGCUGGCCGACCCCUCCCUGCCCCCCAACACCUGCACGUCGCUGCGCGCCGUCAGCAACCUGCUCACCACCCAGCUCACCUUCCAGCCGCUGCACCGGCCCCGCCCGGCCCCCCUGCUGAACCUCAGCGACGCCUACACCUGCUCUGACUCCGAGGAGGGGCCCGAGAAGGGCGAGAAGACGUCCAUCCACAAGCGUCUGAGGCGGAGCGUCCACCCCGGCCUCCUGAGGAGGAUCUCUUCCACGUGGACGACCACCACCUCCGCCACAGGUCUUCCUACCAUCGAGCCGGGGCCCGUGCGGAGGGACCGCAGCGCCAGCAUCAAGCCCUACCAUGAAACACUCACCUGCAGUUGUGGGAGACCAUACAUCAGACUGAGUCAUGGGGAGGGCUCUAUAGACAAGGGAGACAGGAUACCACGAUCAGCAGAGGACCCGGUGGUUGUGUCGUCUGACUAUGACAGCACCCACGAAGCCAACCACAGUGACAGCAGCGAUGUAGCACAUACGGAGGAGGACACAGAGGAAGGAAAAACCCCCUCCCAAAAUGUCAUCCUCCAUGCACUAAUACCUCCAGAAGACAAACCAAUCCUGGCACCGGAGCCACUACUAAUGGAGGACCUGGAGCCUUUGAUGAGUCAGCUAAACAAUUGGAACUUCCCCAUCUUCACCUUGAUGGAGAAGACCAGCGGGAAAUGUGGACGCAUUCUCAGUCAGGUGUCUUACAGGCUCUUCGAAGACACCGGCCUCUUUGAGACGUUCAAGAUCCCUGUAAAAGAAUUCAUGAACUACUUCCACGCCCUAGAGAAUGGUUACAGAGACAUACCAUAUCACAACAGGGUCCACGCCACAGACGUGCUCCAUGCAGUCUGGUACCUCACCACACAGGCCGUGCCUGGUCUGCCCAGCCUCAUUACUGACCAUGGCUCUGCCAGUGAUUCAGACUCCGACAGUGGAAUAACACACAGUCACAUGGGCUUCCUGGUUUCAAAGACUUACACUGUGUCAGAGGACGGUUAUGGCUGCCUGUCAGGCCUCAUACCUGCUCUGGAGCUCAUGGCUCUUUAUGUGGCCGCUGCAAUGCACGACUACGACCAUCCAGGACGGACCAAUGCUUUCCUCGUGGCCACCAGUGCCCCACAGGCAGUGCUCUACAAUGACCGCUCAGUUCUGGAGAACCACCACGCUGCCUCGGCCUGGAAUCUGUUCAUGUCGCACCCCGAGUACAACUUCCUGGUCAACCUGGACCAUGUGGAGUUCAAACGUUUCCGUUUCCUGGUCAUUGAGGCCAUACUGGCCACCGAUCUGAAGAAGCACUUUGACUUCCUGGCCGAGUUCAACGCCAAGGUGGGCGACGAUCCGGCCACAGGUAUCGACUGGUCCAAUGAGAACGACCGGCUGCUGGUCUGCCAGAUGUGCAUUAAGCUGGCUGACAUCAAUGGGCCUCUGAAGUGCAAGGAUCUCCAUCUGCAGUGGACGGAGGGCAUUGUCAAUGAGUUCUAUGAGCAGGGCGAUGAGGAGUCCAGUCUGGGCCUUCCAAUCAGCCCCUUCAUGGACCGAUCAGCACCGCAGCUGGCCAAACUCCAGGAGUCAUUCAUCACACACAUCGUUGGACCCCUGUGCAACUCCUACGACUCGGCCUGCCUCAUGCCUGGAAGGUGGGUCGAGCCGGACCCCGAAGCUGAGGAGCCAGAGGCUGUGGAGAAUGAAGAGGAGGAGGAGGAGGAGGAGGAAGAGGAGGAUACAGCAGAGGAAGACACCUCCUCCUGUUCAGAAGCAUCACAAAAAACUUCUCCCAAGAAGAGGAGGAAAGUCUUUUGCCAGAUCACCCAUCACCUGAUGGAGAACCACGAGAUGUGGAAGAAAGUGAUCGCAGAGGAGACCCAGAAACAGGGUGGAGGAGCAGAGUCCGUCCUUUUAAACAAUGUAGGCGAGCCCAUUCUGGCGAUUCACGAGGAGGAGGAGGAGUCGGGCAGCAGAGAGGAGCUGGUGGAGGGAGAGGAUCCGGAGGAGGAGGUGGAAGAACCGGAGUGGCCUGUGUCUCUGGGGGAAGACUGUAAACCUCCGGGGCAGCAGGGGGAGGAGGAGGAGGAGGAGGAGGAGGUGAAGGAAGGGGACCCGCAGUGAACCACCAGCCCACUGGGGAGUACGGCAUCAGUCAGGACCAGGACGUGAAGAAGUAUUACUUUUUUGUUAUCCUAUCAACUGACUCCUGUUUUUUGCCAGCACAUCACUUAGACACAACACUGUAGAUGUUUGGGAAAUGUGUGCCUAUACAGAAAAAUACAGGGUGGGAAAACUUGUGCUUUUACACAUUUUACCUGCGGUUUCACCAAACAUUGAAAGGAGCUUUUUCCUCAUUGCAAUACGGGAUUAAUCGUGAACUUUGGGAUACAGACUCUUUUGCUACUGUCAAGAGAAGAGGAAGCCUGGUUGCACCAGCUUCACCCCAGCGUGUUGACACAAGACUGCAGAAAUUUGCUGCCAAUUUAUACAUAAUUACUUUCUGAAUGCAGUUAUAUUAUGAAGAAACAGUUACUUGUAUUUGUGUUCAAUUUUAGCAAUUUUUUUUUUUUUUUUGAAGUGGCACCUGGGCCAAAAUGUCUUCUUUUUUUUCUAUACUGGGAUUAUAAAGGGAGUUUUAAAAAAAAUUAGAUAUGUCAGUGAAAUUUUCUUCCUUUUAACUUUUGCCAAAAUUAAUCACACACUCAUUGGCAGCAGUACAAACAUAUUUACACCUAUCAUGUUUUACAUUUGUUGCCAAAUUAAGUACUUUAUACAGUUUUUGGAGCCAUUUUGGUUAAACGCAGAGACUUGGAGCUCCUCACACACGUGUUUGUUUUUGUAUGUUUGUGUUUAAAUGAAUGCGCUCACAUGCACAAUUCUACUGCAGAAGAUAUUUUUUAUUAAAAAUUAGAAGAUUGCCUGGUAUUUGUACAUAAAGGUACAUGUGACGUCCCAGACAUUGAGUUCAAAACACUUGAUAAUAAAUAAUGAAUAUGUGCUGAGUACAAAAUGGUAAAGAUUACCAGUGUAGAGAAAAACAUUUUGAACAUAAAUGUAAUUUAAUCUAAAUAUCACACAAACCAACCAACUGUAUUCUAUUAAAUCAAAAUCUCCUAAAUAAACUGCAUAGUAUAGAGCUUUGGAUAAAUUAGUAAUUCAUGCCAUUUUUCUUUAUCUUUCAAAUAAGUUUAUGAGUUGAGACAAAAAGGCUGUGUUACGCUCUCCUCUUACCAAUCUUCAUUUAAUAAAACAAUCUACGAACGAUGCUGACCUUUAACCCUCAGGAAGACUUCAACCAUCGUAAUAUAACCAAUCAUAUACAUAUAAUCUGUGAGGACGGUGAGAGGAAAACCCACAGAGAUACUAAUAAGCUAGGCUCGACCAGCUGCAGCUCCUCUUACAAACCCCGACUUUCUUUAGUAAUUCUUACCCCGUGAAUCUGUCUGAUUCCUCUCCUGGCACCUCAGGGAGACAUUCACACACUCCACAGGGCAUCAACUGCAUGAGGCUCAGCCAAAUAUAGAUCACAUCUGCCAGAAGGAUGACACAAGAGCAAACGGUUUAGGAGUGUUUGAAUAUAAACUUUUCACAGACUAACAAAAAUGUCACUUUAAAUGUAAUCGGAGCAGAUAAAGAGGGAUCGUAACAGUCACUCAUACCUCAGUCACACUCGCAGUGCUGUUGCUUUACUGCAGAGGUAAUACACACCUCAGUGGGUGACAAUGAAAAAAGUUCCUCUUUCCCAAACGACAGUAACACGGCUCAAACGUGUGAAUUUUGCGUCGUUAGCAGUGCUGCCUGUCUUUAUUGUAUGAAACAGUUAUUCUCAAAGUGUGGUGCGAUCCUCCUAAGGGGGGGGGCCACAGGUCUUUUUGAGAACUUUGAAAACAUCUGCCUCUGCAGCAACAUUAAAGCACUGUGAAAAGAUUUAAAUAAACAACAUUAGCUUUAGCGCUGGUCCCAGCAAAGACUGAACAAAGGAGCUGAAGUUACAGGGUGACUUUCAGCUCAGAACAAGACCAGAAGUAAAGCGCAGCCAAACGCAGCUGCACAGAAACUACAGUGAAACUCCAAAUUGUUUCUGAUGUUCAACUAAAUUUCUUUUGAAGCAGAUGUUUGAAGUGAUCUUGAGUUUGGCGAGUGCCGUCCCCUGAGUCAAAACCCUGACCAGGAGUGCAGUGAGGUCAUAUGUAACAAAUCAUCCUGCGCUAACCUUGUGGAGUUCCUGUGACCUACAUGCAUGUCUGCGUCUCCUCUGGGCUGCCGCCGCCUCCCUCCACACUGCGGCUCCCCUCCUUUGAAGUAAAAGGAGAACGGCACACUCGUCGGUCCGUGCCGAAGAAACGGCAGACUUUCAUUAAAGUUACAUUGUAAAAUCGAGGAGGGGAACAACAUGUUCAGGUGUCCUUGCCAGUCCCACAUUACCAUACCCCGCCGCCACACAAUGUUCCCGUCUGCGCCGAGUAGGACACUACAUCCGCAAUGGCCCGUUUACUGCUGCCUCGCCUCUGCGGAGAGAGGGAGGAGGCCACACACAAGCUCAAUAAUUGGUUGACCUACUGAUUAGUAAGACAGUACACAGAUACUCAUCCCGAACCCUGAGACAGACCAGAAUUGUUAGAAGCCACUGAGUCAGAACAGCACGCACCAUCUUUUCUGUAUGUUGAUACAUUUUACGCCUAAUGAGGAAUAGUCGGCACCGCAUACACAAUGAAGACAUUUUAUCGGGUUUUGAGGGAACCAGUGUGAUCGUGUUAUGUAGAAACAGGGACUGUCCAGUAUGGGGUGAUGCAACUUGUAUUUUCCGUCCGAACUCCCGCUUUGUGAAUGUAUAGAUUAGUACACGGUGGAUGUGCGAGGGGAAGACAGCGUCUCUAUGUCGAUUUGAAACUUCCAACAGCCUCUCCGAUGUGACUCUGUCCUGCUCUUGCGCUGUCGAGGGAGGGGAGGGGUGUGACUUUUCUUCACAAGCAGGGAAAGUGAAGUCCUAACAAAAUGGAUGCAGCACGUAGUUCCUCAAACCUUCACAGAUAUUUUGAUAAAAUGGUUAUUCACUGAGGUUCUCGUUGCAUAUUUUCUCCUUGCGCUUCCUCUUUGCGUACUGCUUAGCCUCACUGGUACACGCACAAUAUCUGUUGACUUUAAAGGUAAUUGGAUCCUCUUCACUGUGUUCAUUUAUUGAUGAUCACAAUGCUUUUUUUUUUUUUCCAAGUGGACAUUGGUUUUCCGGCAGUCACGUGUGUUUGAGCUGAUCCACUAUAUCAGUUUUUUUUAUGUCUUAAUUUUGAUUUUCUUGCUUAUUCACACAUGUAGAAUAAUUGUAACAAUGGGAACCAAACAAGCUUUACAAUUAUGUAAACAAAAUGAGAUGAGUAUUUUUAUAUAGUUUGACACAUGGUUAAAUAAGUAAUUGCUUUCUUCUCACUAGUACCUUGCACUUACCACAUGUACUAAGGAAGAAUAUGUCCAAAUACACAGUAUUUGUGAAUGCUAAAUAAUGAAUUUCCUUGCAGGUCGAUGCUCCAUUUUGUACAAUAUACAUAUAUGCUGUACAGUGAUGAAAUUUUAAAACUACAAAAACUCUUUUAGAUAUACAUUAUUUAUUUUUAACGUUUUGUAAUUUAGACACUAUACUGUAGCUUCAAUCUUGCCAGACUUACUGGAAGUGCCUAUAUUGGUAUUAUGUAUCAUACAGUGAAUAUAUUUGAAGAUCAUUAGACGUUGUCACAAACUGAACCAUGUGGAUGUUGUAAUGUGAAUACAUUGAAUUACAAGAUUACAA